AUGGUAGAGUUUAUGGAAAAAAACGGAGAUUUGUCUAAACCAUCUGGUGGUCCUAGGGGUCGUCAUUAUAUUCAAUUAAAAUGGAAGGAAUUAACACAGAAAUUGAACAGUGAAGGGACGGGUGAUUUUCGCUCGGAGGAGAAGUGGCGCAAGGUGUGGAGCGAUUUAAAAAAUAACACCAAAAGGAAAUGGGCCAAAAUUAAUAGAGCUGCUAGUGGCACUGGUGGUGGGCCUGCACUUCAAUUAUCUUUGACUGAUUUAGAAAAUAGAGUCAUGCAAAUAAUUGGAGUACAGGCAGCUACUGGCAUGGAGAUUGUGGAGGCUGGGUUUCAACAGACUGAAGUUCAUACACCUGACAUUCCUACCGAAAAUGAGCAUGAAGCAAUAUUAGAGGAAACCACAGAAGAACAUUGGAACACUCCAGGCACUAGCAGCCAGCCUACUGUACAUCCAACAGCCACAAAUGAUAUCGGACCUCCGACCAUUGAUGACGCAGACGAAUGGCAACCACCCGCUCCCAAAAGAAAUAAAAAAGAUAGCUUAGCAAAAUUAUUUAUAGAAUCUGAUAGGAAUGCAAGACAGUAUGCUAGAGAGCGUGAUUUGGCGUACGAGAAAUUAGAGAAAGAAAGAAUAGAGUUGCAUGAUUAUGAGAUUCGUGAAAGGGUAAGACAGCGAGAUCAAGAGCUUGUAUUACAAGCUCAAUGGUUAGAAUUUAUGAAAGAAUGUUUGAAUGUUAUUACAAAGUAUUUUGAUAAGGAUAAGUAG